AUGGAUACUUGCCAUGCCAUUACCACUCCAGCUGACCCCUGCUCCCGUAUUUCGGCACAAAUGUCACCAUCAACCGAAGAGGAGAAGCAAGAUAUGUCAAAUGUGCCAUACCGAGAAGCCGUCGGUUGCCUGCUGUAUUUGUCCAUCACUUGCAGACCUGACAUUUCUUUCGCCGUCAGUCAAGUGGCCAAGUUUUGCCAAAACCCUGGACGCGCUCACUGGAACGCGGUAAAACGUGUCUUAUCCUACCUAGCUGGAACCGACCAAUUUGGUGUCUACUUCGGCCCCUCAACUGCUGAACCACUAGUUGGCUACACGGACGCCGAUUAUGCUGGAGAUUUAGACUCACGGUGCUCCACCUCAGGCUUUGCCUUCUUCGUUAGAGGAAGCCUUGUAGCUUGGUCCAGCAGGAGACAAAAGUGCGUGUCGCAAUCUACCACAGAAGCAGAAUACGUUGCGGCAUCCGAAUCAUGCAAAGAAGCGGUCUGGCUGAAGUGCCUCCUUUCAGAGUUUGGUGAAUUGGACAACCAACCAGUAAAAAUUCUCUGCGACAACCAGAGUGCUAUCAAAUCGAUCCACAACCCGAAAUUUCACCAACGCACGAAGCACAUAGACGUCAGAUACCACUUUAUCCGUCAACUACAAGAAGACGGAAUCAUUGAUGCAACUUACGUCCCCUCAAAGGAGCAAAAGGCAGAUAUUUUCACAAAACCACUGCCAAAACCGGAUUUCGAACGAAUGCGCAAGAAGCUAGGUGUGGACGGACCUCUGGCCAAAAAAUAG